AAUUGUCAUAUAAUUUUAUCCGUUAUGAAGAAGAAGAAUAAAAAUAAUAGUUUGAAGAAGGUGGAGGUGGUGGUGUCCCGGGAUGACGAGGAGGGUGGUGGUGGUGAUCAUGGGGGUGGUGCAGUUUUGUUAUCUGGUGUCACACAAAGCCGUAUUUUUAACCCGUACAAGAAUAUCGGCCUCGUUUCUUCCCAGGUGCCCCUUAUCCUCCGAUAUAUUCAUAAGAGAAGGGAGAAUUUUGUGAUUACGUGUGCCGGCAGGUCAAUCUCGACAUAUGUGAGCCAGCAACUACGUCACAUUUCUUCGUCCGAGGAGGGGGGUGAGAUCGGCUGCAUGGCUGGGGACACGUAUCACGUCUACACGGUGGGACCAGGGGCGAAAUUUAUAUCGGCGUGGCGUCGUGGAACAGAGUUGACCCACGAGUAUCCAACGAGUGAACAUGCCUCUGAUAUCACGCAUCUCCUCCCGUUCGCGGAAAACCUUAUCUCCGUGGAUUCUAAAGGUGUCAUGUGCAUCUUUAACAUCAAGACGGAAGAACUGGUUCGAUCCGUCUCACUGCCUGUGGGGGACGCUGACGUGACGUCGAUCCUGCAUCCGCUCACGUUCCAGAACAAGGUCAUCUUCUCCGACUCGGAGGGAUUCAUCUACCUGUGGAACAUCAAUACCAAUCAGUUAAUUUAUAAGUUUGAUACCUUCAAAGGAACCAGGAUCAAUAGUUUAAUGCAGUCCCCUGCACGUGGUGUCCUCGCCGUCGCCUUAGCAUCCGGUCACGUUUCCUUAUUCAACCUCGAGUACGAUAAAAUCUUAAUGCACUUGACAUGCCUCGAGGAACCCGUGAGUCUCGCCUUUAUGACGGAUGGACGUCACGUCCUCCUCGUCGGUGGGGUUAAAGGGUCACUCACCGCGUGGGAUUUGGAUACUCGAGAGGUCAUCUCGUUCGUCAAUGAGGCUCACAAAUGUCCCGUUUCCGGUCUUGUUGGGUUCAUGGGCGAACCAAUCUUUGUCUCGAGCGGGGCUGAUAAUGCGAUCCGUGUCUGGAUAUUUGACCGACCUGAUGGCGGAUUUCGUCUCUUGAACACACGCGCAGGACACAGUUCGCCUCCAACGAUGGCCCGUUUUCACGGCGAAGACUGUCCCACCAUCGUCACGACCGGAGAGGACAACACGCUCAGAAGUUUCCAUCUUUAUAAUGAAACUUAUAACAGAAUAAUUACCAAUUUUCCGUCCACUAGCAGCACACAUAAGCCCCUCAGCGUCAACUCGUUUACAAAUUUUGGCGGACACCACCAACCCAUCGGUGAAGAUAUCCUAGCCUUCGACAAGUACAACGCCUCCGAGUUGUACACAUUCUCCUUUGAAAAUUCCAAACGAGGGAAACCCAUUCUUCCCGGAAAUGACACCCUCGCCAUCACUUGCGUCGCAAUUACGACAGACAUCCAGUGGGCCUUAGUCGGUUUUAAGGAGGGCAAAGUCCACGUGUACAACUUACAAUCGAAGAGACUCAAGUCAACGGCCGUCGUCAGCUCGGGGACAAAUACCUCCGACAUCGCCGGGAUUGCUCUAAGCGCCUCAGAGUCCACGGUUCUCAUCGCGGCCGGCGUGACGCUGUCCUACCACAAGUUCCCGUCUUUAGCCGAGAUCACUAAAGAGACAUCGGUGGCCCCAUUUCGCUCCGUGUUCUCUCGCCGCACGUCAAAUUUGGCCUGUCUGGUCCGCGCCGAUUUCAGCCUGACGAUCUGCGACGUGAGCACGCAGUCCAUGAUGCGAAUUCUGGACCACUGCUGCUCCCCCGUGACGGAUGGUGCCUUUUCCCCCGAUAUGAAGUGGGUCACCGUGGCCACCACGGACGGAUGCGUGUUCACGUGGGACGUCCCCACGGGAAAUUUGGUCGACAUUUUUCGCAACUUCCCGACCGCGAUUACCUCGUUGGAUUACACUCCGAGGGGCGACUUUCUCGUCACGACGCACGCAGACGAGGUUGGGAUUCGAUUGUGGGUCAAUUUGGCUGUCUUUGCGCCACUCCCACCAUUCACAAAGGUGCCGGAUGACUAUAUUCCGAAACGGUUGGAAGACGUCAUACCGCAAAUGCCUCCAGUCAAAGGCCAAGAACUCGUCAAAAUACAGAUAGACUCGGAAAUAUUGAAUUCCACGGACCCAACUCAAAAUGCCAUUGAAUUGGGAACAUUGCCAAAAUUCCAUUGGAAAGAGCUACUCAAUUUGAAGACGAUUAAAGCCCGCAACAAACCCGCUCCAGCUUUCAAACCGGAGAGAAAUAUUCCCUUCAUCUUGUCCGAUCUGGAAAAGGAGAAGACGCGAAAUCUCGUCGACCUGGAUUUGGAAAAGGUGCUCAGCGGAAUGUCCACCUCCCUCAUCGUGUCGAAACCUCUCCAAACCCUGGAUGCCGUCCCCUUUACGGCAUUUUCUAAAAAGUUGAGCGAACUGGGGCGAGAUCCAUUCCAGUUUAAUCAGAUUGCGACCACCCUGAUAUCCGAACUGGCUGGGAUGGGUCCGUCGCAGAUAGACUUGGAAAUUUGGUCAUGGGAUCCGGAUUGUGGUGGAUCGAAAAAACUCCUCAUGAAUUUCUUGGAGCUCGUCACCUUCGCGGUGGGGAGGAAACAACACUUACAAAUCGUCAUGACCUGUCUUGCCUUGUUCUUUAAGAUUUAUCGAAAACAAUUGAAGAGCAGUAAGGUGUUCAAAGAGCCGAUGGAGAAAGUAUCUAGAGACGUAGGAAUCAUUCGAGACAGCAUGUUCAAGACUGUCACGAGGAUAGAAUGUUUAGUCGAUUAUUCGAACGAAGGGCUCUUUUAAUAAUUAAUGUGCUAAAUUUUAUCUUAAUUGUGUUAAAUAAUUUUAUGCCGAAAAUUAAUAUUUAAAUAAAAAAUGACAUCCUUUUCAUUACUUAA